GUGACCAGUAGUUUUCAUGAUACUUCCGGAAACUUAAAAUGGAGUAUGUGGGACGGAAACUUAAGAUUUCAAUCCGCUAUUAUUUACAGUUUUACAUUUUAUUGUCUUAUUUAUAACUGUUAGUAGCUAGCAUAAAAUACACUUACUUGCUUGUAAUCACUCAAGGAAAAUGGGGAAUCUGUUUGGGAAGAAAGCUAAAACGUCGAGGGUGACGGAGCAAGAUAAAGCUAUUCUUGUAAGUUUUUAAUAAAAUAAAUAUUUAAAUAAAAUUAUUUAUUUAUAGUUAAGUGACUAAGCCCUAGCCUCUACUAAGCCUAUCUAUUCAUUAUUGCAUUAACUAUACUAGUGUAGGGUGACCAAAUCAUGAACUGGAAAAAACAGGACACACCCAAGGAGGGUUUGGAGGGAUACCCUCCAGCUAAGAAGGGGGCCUCUGCUGGAAACUGUUGAUGAUAUAUAUACCCAUUUUAACCAGAUUAAUUAGACAGGAACAAUGUGUGUCAAUAUGAAAAUAUAUGUUAAGCUUUAAUAAUAAUUUGACAUAAUAUACAAGUAAAUGUUUCGGCACAUGCCUGCAUCAGUUUAACUGUUUUGAGACCUAGAAAUCUUUUUAAAUUUACCUUCUCUUUUGUAAUUUAAUUUAAACUCAUAUGACUCAUAUUCAUAUCAUAAACGAAAACAAUAAUUUUGCAGUGAAUACUUAUUUAUUUAUACAUAUAAGAUCUAUGGCAGAGACACGAAGCGUCAGCAGAGUGGUGGAGGGGGAACAGUGCAACCAUCAAGCGAGCCCACAUCAUUACUGGCUACCCAGCUAGCUAAAAUAUUACUUGAAAUUAUAUUAUAAAUUAGGAAGUUUUAGUGAUUUGAAAAUGUGGUUGGUUUUUAGAAACAGGACAUUUAGGCGUCCCGAGAGACUUUUUCGGGACACCAGGUACGAUCUUGAAAAAACAAGACAAUCCUGUUUUUAUGGGAUGUUUGGUCACCCUAUACUAUACUAGUGUAAUAUAGUCGAUUCUGACUCUUCUAUCAGUGAUCAAUCAUAAUUAAUGUCAAUAAUCACUAUAAUUAUCAAUACUAUUACUAUUAGACUAUCAUCUCUAUCACAUCAAUAGUGAAAAAUUGUAUGAGUAGGCUGGUAAUCCCUUGCCCUUAUUCUUAUUUUAGUGUGAUUAAUUAUUUCUAUAUGAAAUAAUAAAUUAAAAACUUCCUAUUUACCAUAAACAUACGGUUAAAGUAAAGUAAAAAUAAUAGAUAGUUAAACUAAGUAAGAUUCAGAGGCAUGAACUUACUGUGGGGUCAUAACGAUAAACUUCGUGUAUUAACUGAUGGUGUAACAUCAGCCCUUCUCACCCCCUACACAUACUCGAAAAAUGAAUUGCACUAGGAACAAGGUAAGUUUUAAAAAAAAGGUUUUAAUGAUAUAUUUCCAGUAUUUCUUCUCUUUUUAAUGGAUUUCCAACUUUGUAUAUAAAUUAAAAACAUUUUGCCGAUGGUUGUAAUUUUAAAUACUGACACUGAUACUCAGCAUUGCGCCCCUUCCCCUUAGUCAGGCCCGUUCUUAGGCAUAUGCUGACUACACAUCCGCGUAGGGCCCUGAACGUGAAGGGGCCCCCGUGAGGCGCCCUCAAUCCCCCGUUUUUUUAACUGGCACUGCAGCCGUCUGUGUCACUCAUGUUACCUUCCUCAUCCUGAAAUUUAUCAUUCCGAGUUGAAUUUGGAGGAAAUAAGUGCCACCAGAGCCAUUCUUAGGCAUAUAGGCAAACUAGGCAACCGCCUAGGGCCCCACUACCACCUGCAUGUUCAUAUAUUUCAGAAGUACACAUUUUCUCUAUUGGCGGAAUUAUCAAUAUGGUUAGUGGUUACACGCGAGCAAAGAGGAAACAUUGAUGAAGGCAGAAUGGAGGUGCUGCAGUGGUGGGUGGUGUUUUCUCCUCAGCUCGAGGAAACUCCACCCCCGGGACCCCCCCCUUCUGGGGCCCCCAACCUACACUCCAUGCUUAGGGCCCCCAAACUCCUAAGAACGGCUCUGCCUUAGUGUGUUGUUCUGGAUAUGCGGAUGGUCCCUUGAAACCUUGGGGAGGGGUGUGCAGGAACAUCAUUUCAGCACAAAACUAAAACUUGGUUGGCUUGUUGAGUUGUUUAGUACAGGAGGCUCCACAGCACUUAGCAAUUUAAAUACAAACCUAAUGUCAAUAUGACGUCUGGGGUGGGGGAGGGGUGGUUUUAGAAAUUGAUAUCCGACUAAUGCGGCGAAUGCUUCCCAGAUAACUUAAUGCAGGACAAGUGAACCCACUGACAAAUGAACACACUGAAGAAAAAUGACCAGACACUCAAGUAACCACAGGUACAAGUGAUUACAAAGCCAAUUGAACCAAGGAACAAAUUUGCCCAUAGCCCUAGUCCAAACUCAACAUCUACCUGUUUUGGGGGCACACACACAGUCAGCAACGAGCAUCUGAGACGAACACAGUGUUGCUACCUGUGCCUUCCUAAAAAGAACAUGGCAGAGGAGACCAUGUUGCUCCUGCUAUGCUGGCUCUUAUCCAUUAUGUCAACAUAUGAGAGAAUGACUUCGGUAAUCAGCUGACCAGGGAAACAUCGCCCGGCCAAAGUAUACGAAGCGCGAGACUCGGCUACGAAGCGCAAGAAUCAGCUAUGUAAGAUAAUAGAAUUCCACUAACAUCAGAGAGUAAUCCAGAGGCAUGGCUGGUGCACGUUAUCUUGACAUACCGUAACAGCUAGGGAUGAAGAAGAAUGACUCAGUGGCUUAGCAAGGGUCAGUGACGCCCACUACCACAAAAUUUUUUUAAAAACUUUCCAGUUGACUGAAAAUGCCACCCCUUCAUAUAACGAAAAAUGUUCCACCUGUGUAGGACUGCCCCCUCCACAGCCUCUUCCUACGCAAGUGGAUGGAAUUUUUCUUGGCAGUUGUGAGUCAUCUCACAGUAGGCAAAUAAGUUGUUUAAAUGGUCUAUGAUUGGUCAGCUCUAAUUAGACAGGAGGGACUUAAUUAUUUAAAUGACACCUAAGUUAACUCUGAUUUGUGAUUAGUAAAAUGAGAGACAGUGUUAGUGAUUUUAUAUAAUUACAAGGACUUUGUUUUGCUUUAUAAGUAAUCUGUUCGUUCUGGUGUUCAGUUCUCUAUAGCCGUAUAUUUCAUUACUUACCCCCUUUUUGCCUCUUUGUAAAUCUUCGACUAUUUAUUGAAAACAAAAUCAUCACACAUUUUAACAAAAUGGACACUUUUAUUAACAGUAUUAAUAAACAUUGUCCAACAUAACCCCCAUCCCCACACACAAAAAUCUAGACGCCUUACGUCCGAAAUGGAUGCAGGACCGUGGAAGGAAAUGAGGCACCCUUGGUGAAGCCUGAAACUAAUGCCCCUAGUAUAUAGAAAAUGCCCCCCCCCCCCUCCCCCAAUAUUGACGCCCCUGGCGAGUACAACUAUACAGGGCCUAGAACAUGGGAUACCAGUACUGAAAUAUUUAAACUUGUCUAAGACCACUACUGAUUUAGAAAGAAAUAUUGGACACUUAGACAUACCGUAAUUAAAUAAAGUUAUAACAUAAAUGCAACAUUUAUUUGAAUCUAGAUACAUCCAAUUGGGACAACUAUUAUUACAUUUUUUUGAUCAAGAAGAGUUCUUCUUUAUUUACUACAAUGUUGCUGUGAAAAACAUAAGUUUUAUGAAUAUGUACUAUUUUUGGUCUCGUAAAGUUUGUUAAAUUGCUAUUGUAUUCGAACAUAAAGCUGGUACUUUACUUUCAUAAACACUUUCAAUGACUUUCCAUCAUGUACAUGGAAGUUCUUAAUUUAUUUGACUAGAAAUAAUUAAUCGCACUAAAAUAAGGGAUUACCUAAUUUUAUUAUAUCACUUUACUCUAACUUAUACUUAUAGUAAUUUAAGUAAUAUAAGUAUUAGUAGUACCGGUAAUAAUAAAAAGGCCAUAUUAUUAAUUGUUGCAGCAUGUGUCUUGACCUAAUAUUACUUCAGUCUAGACUGUUUAGAGCUAAAGCAUCAACCACUUCUUUCCUCCUUUUUUGUUUUGAUGUUGACAUCACUGAUUAAAUGUGUAAGUGUAGUGAUGUACCAAUCCCACCCAUACCUUGAUUUGGAAAAGGUUGUUUAUGUUCUAAUUUGUUCUAAAGAAUGCAAUCAGGUGAUGCAAUUUCUAGCAUUUCUUUUCUGGACAUUUCCAACUUUCUCCCUAAAAAUAAGGCGGCAGCUUUCUUUAUCCGGGAAAGAGAUUGUAUCUAUUUUUCCUAGACAUUUACGAGAUGUAUUAUACUUACAACAUUGUACUCUUUAUGUGUGUGUGUAAUUUAAUAUUUGUAUCGUUUGAGGAUUGUACUUUUUCACUUGCUGUGCUGUGAGCUACUAUAAUUUUUAUUUCUGUCUAUUUGAUCUUGUAUUAUUUGUAUAAAUUUAAUAGUAUAAUUAAAUUGAAUAUUUGUUAAUAUCACUAGCUUUGGUAUCGUUUUUAUUUGUAUACUGGUUUUCAGUCCUUUCUUAAAUUUUGUUUAAAAAAAAGAAGUAACUCAAGCAGAUUAAAUUUUACAAAGCUAUAUAACAGUACGUAAACUUAAUACUUCAACUUCGUCAUCAUCAUCAGUUUGACUACAGUUCGUUCCGGGCCCUGGCCUGCUCCACAACAUCCUGCAAUUCGGAUUGAUCAGUGGCUUUCUGCCUCCAUGCGUGGACCCCCAGCUGAUGUAAGUCCUUCUCUACACCAUCAAUCCAUCUCAGAUUUUGUUGACCCCUUGUCCAUUUGCCCCUAGGUUUCUGCCUAUAGAUCACUUUUGAUGCUUUACAAUUCGGCAUUCUCUCAAGGUGUUCAGUCCAGCGCAGUCUGCCUUUUUUAAAUUGUGACUAUCAAUGGAUCCUCGAACAAUUGAUAAAUCGUUUUUUACCAAUUCUCCAUAUACUCGACCAUAUAUUUCCUGAGGAUUUUCCUCUCCACUGCAUUGAGAAGGUUCACUGCUUUUUUAUUAAGGGACCAAGACUCACUUGCGCAAAUUACAGCUAGUCUUAUGAUAGUGGUGUAUAAUGCCGUCUUUGUUCUCCAUGAGGGUUUUUCGCUUCCUUGUACUUGUAGCUAUUGUUGGGUGAAAUAAGAACGGUUGCUUUCAGUUAUCCUUUCUCUCACCUCUGUCAUUGUUUGAUUCUGCUCAUUUAUAGCAGCUCCUAGAUAUUUAAAAGUAGCCCAUCUCUCAAAGGUGUGGUUUCUUAUUAUUAUGUUGUCAUCAGUAUGUGUGUUUCGUGACAUUACCUUAUACUUUGUCUUCACUUUAUUUAUCUCAAAUGCAUAAUAUUGAACUUUCUUACUUAGGAGCCAUACAUAAAUGAUGUCCCACUAUUUUGGAAAAAUUUGUUAACUUUCCUCACUCAACUAAAGCCUCUUAUCAAAAAAAAAAAAAAUUUGACUUCCUCGUCAAAUUGUUGCAUAGAAGCUUUCAAUACAUUUAGUACCUUAAAAGAGGUUCAAAUUUUAAAAACCCCUCCCCUUUGCCGCUAGGGCCGUGCGUAGGGGGUGAAGGGGGCAUCCGCCCCAGACGCCAACUUCAAGAGGGCUUCAUGCUUCACUUUUAUGACUGUCGUGAGCCUAUGACUAUUAGUUGGUAUGAAAAUCUUCUAUUUGUUUAGGUAUGAAAUAUAAGGUGAUGCUGACUAAUACCGAGUCAUAGAAUUUAUAUUUGACAUAAGUAGGAAUCUUACAAAAUUUAACAAGUAUUGGCGUAACUAUAAUACUGUUAGGCGGCAUUUGCAUCUUACAUGUCUAUCAUAGUAAUAGUAAUAUUAUCAAAUCAUGAAACAAAAGUUGCCAUCAACAACAUUACUAAUAAUUACUGGUAUGCAAGGUCAUUCUUUUCUUCUGUUUUGUUUUAUCGCGGUGGAAAACAUGUUGUAUUUGGGGAAUAAUGCAUUUUUAAAAAAAAUUAAUUUAAUUCUUAUUAGGCGCACUUAAGGUGACGCCUUCUGUUAGUGAAAGUUACUAAGUUAUACGGAGAAUUAUAAAUAAAUUAAGUCAGAAACCAGAUUUUACCAAAAGUUUUAGUUUGGAUGGAUAGUAUAUAAAUCCAUUAAGCUGUGGGUGCUCUUUAAUAAUUCAUCCAGAGAGAGUGAAACAAUAACUUUGGAACAGACUAUAAAGCCCUUUUUAGCACACUUUUUGCAGCCUUACAUUCACAUUGUUUUCUUUCAAAUCAUGUACAAACAUGGGAUAUUCCUUUUCGUUACCACUUGUCUCCAUGGUAAAACAUAACAUUAAUACUUAGACAUUUAUUUUCAGCAACUCAAGCAACAAAGAGAUAAGUUGAAACAGUACCAAAAGAGAAUAACUGUACAAUUGGAAAGAGACAAGGAAGUUGCCCGAGCAUUACUUAAGGAUGGAAAGAAAGAGUAAGUUUAAAGUCAUAACAAAAAGGAGCCAAGAGAUGUGGUUUUACUUGUACUUGUAUGGGUUUUUUAAGGUGACCUAUAUGAACAUUGUUCUGUACAUGUUUCACUAGAUUUAGGAAAACAGUUAUACAUGUUCAUUAAUGGUGAGGACCUUUGUUUAUUUCUUAUAAGCACUUCAGUUUUAAUCAAAUGAAACUUUUUGAGUCAUUCAAAUUGACCUCUGGGAUUGCUAGGCUAUCAAUGUGGUACAGUCUACAUAUAUUAUCAAGGUAUAUUGAGACAUUGAUCUGUAUUUGUGUAUAUACCUAUUGCGGGAAUCAUUCCUGAAUUAACACGUAGUUACAUAAUAGAGGCUUUGAGAACAUUUCAGUUGGUUGGUAGUAAAACACAAUUACAAAUACACUUAUUUUAAUUCUUAGCAUGAAAUAGAGCAGAAAUUAAUUUUAUCUUCUGGCAUUGAUUGAUUUUUUUUACAUUGAUUCUUACCUGUCCAGUAAGGCAAAGUUAAUGCUGAGGAAAAAGAAAUUUCAAGAAAGCUUAAUGGCAAAAACUGAUAUUCAACUAGACAACAUUGAGAAAUUAGUAAGUUUUUAUUUAUGCUUAUUUUUUUUAUCAAUGCCUACUUAUGCAAAUAUCUUAACUUCUUGCAAAAGAAAUAAACUCAUAACAUUUAGAUCUUCACAUUGAUUAAGAAUUAUAAUCAGUAUAUUAAAAGUUUUGUUUGACAAUUUUAAGGAACAAUUUUAAUUAUUAUUAUAUCUUCAGUGAUGACCAUUGAACUUGUGAUGAUUCACACUAUGCAAGGGAAAAAAUAACAAAUCUAUGAAAUAAAUUACCAAGUUAGAUGUUUGAUCUAUUUCAUAUGAUCAGUUACCCCCUUCUUCAUUAAAUAUUUAAUCCCUGAUUCUUUAUCUUUUGCAAAAAUGUGUGCUGUGAAACCCAUAGUUCAACAAAAAUUACUAUUUAGUCAUUCACACAAUAAUUAAUAGGUCAUUUUUUUCUUUUGUUCUGUUUUAUCAGGGAGGAAAACAUGUUGUAUUUGGAGAUUGAUGCAUUAAAAUUUGUUAUUCUAAUUUUUUAUAGUGGCACUUAAGAUGAGGCCCUAUUUUAAUAGAGGCCUAGUAAAUCAUAAGGAGAACUGCAAAUAAAUUAUGUCAUUCCAAUUUCUACAACAGGUCCAUGAUUUAGAGUAUGCUCAGGUAGAGCAUGAAGUUAUCAAAGGGUUGCAGAUUGGAAAUGCCUCCCUCAAAAAGAUGCAUGAGGUAAUAAUUCAGUGCGUCUAUUUAAUUUUAAAUUUAUACUUUAGUUAAAAGAUAUGUUUUCAAAUUGUUUUUUUAUGAUAAUGAGCUGGUUUAAUGUGACCAUCAAGUUUCAAUGAAGCAUCUCAUUUGAGACUCUGUGACUUACAAAGUUAAUUUAUAUAAAUUUUCAGUUGUGCUCAUAGGCUUCAAAUAUAGAAAUAAAUUCAAAACCAGUCAAACAUUGAAAGGAAAAGAUAAUGGUUUGGCCACGUUGAAUAACACUGGAAGUGAAUAAUAUGGAACAUUAAAAAUAAUAUGAUUUAAAAUUCUUUAUACCCUGUAACAUAUUUCUUCACGGUUUAAAACAUCUGCUAUUGCUACUUUCUCUUAAGAUUUUGUCUCUUGAAGAUAUUGAACAGAUCAUGGAAGAGACCAGCGAGGGCAUUGAGAAACAGAGAGUAAGCUAUUAAAUUUUUUUUUCCAUUUUAAAGAUAGUAAUUAUCAUUAAAAAUUUUAGAAUUGGUGAAACAAUUUUUACAUUGUUGGUUGUCAAAUGACAAUGAUCAUUUUGUUAGCUUUGACUUUGAGUAAUUUCUUAAUACUGGUAUAUCAAAAUAUUUAUUUUUGAAUAUCAUAUUGCAGGAAAUUGAUGAGCUUCUGUCUGGUGGCUUGUCAGCUCAGGAUGAAAGUGAUGUUUUAGCUGAACUUGAUGAAAUUAUGAAGGUAAAUAGUCAGCUAGGAAAGAUGUUUUAAACUGACACUAUAUUGAAUGUUGCUUUAAGCUAUCUUUUGCUUCAGUUAAAGUAGGAUGAUUGAUUCAGUUUCUUUUUUAAAUAAAUUUUUACUAUUGUUAUUUUAUUUUAAAGAUACUUAUAAGCUUAUCAAUAUAUUUAAAAUGAAAUUAGAAUUAUUUAAGAAACUCAUUUCAAGCUUAUCUGAUAAAUUAUUUGUUAAUAUGUACCAAAAUUUGACUUUGCCAAUUUUUAUCAGCAAGCGGAAGGCGCUUUUGAUGAAGAUGUUGAAUUACCUGAGGUGCCUACGGAACAGAUUGGAGGUAUGUAAAACAGAAAAAUAUUCACUCCUUACAACACUGACAAUUGUAAAAUUACUAGUUUGACAAAAUUUUUAGGCGAAACAAGCAGUAUUAUUUUGUUGGUCCAAUCUGUCUUUAGACAUUUGAGAAUGAUCUCAGAAAUGUAACACUUAACAAAAAUAUCAGUUACACAACCACUUGUUGAGGCAUAAAUUAACUAAUUAAAUUUAUCCCAAUAUCAACUACAAUGAAUUUUAUCUGCCAAUGAAAAUAUCUGUUUCAAAACAUAACCCUAAACUUUUUCAAAAUUUAAACAAAAUAAAUUAGUGUAUUUCUACGCAUACUUAUUAAACAUGUGCUCUUUAAUUCUUUUUUCUUGAUCAGAACCCACAAGACCUGUCGUAUCCAAAAAGAAUAAAACAGCUGUUCCAGCCUCUUAACAACUUUUUAAAAAAAUAGCAUUUAAAACAAGUAUUUGAUGUUUCUGAACUUUUUUUCCAUUUUCACCAUAAUUGUAAUUUGUUCAUAUUACCUAAAUUAAAUGUUCAUUGUAAAAACUAGACUUAUAAUGAGUGACAGACACAAGUUUGAUACCUUAUAAUGAAUCACAUGUUUAAUUUAUAGCCGAAGAGAAUAAAAAAAUAUUUUAAAGAGGAAACAAGGUGACGUUUGUUUCCAUUUUUCGUAAUGCUUGUUGAGAUUGUCUACGACAGGUGUAUUCAUUUUAUUAUGAUGAUUGAGUACUUUUAUAGCGCUUGUGUCCAUGCUAUUUCAGCCCACGCACAGCGCUCUGAUGUUCCAAAAUCUAUUUGAAGAAAAAAGUCUUUGAAUGGUGCUUACAUGACUUUUACCUUUUCACAUGUAUUUGUUUUCAUAUCAGUGGUUAACAAAUCUAAAUGAUCAAUAAUUAAGACAAUAUUGUCACCAAGGGAGCUCGUUGAUGGCUGAUUUCUACUCUAGAGAAUUACUUAAAGUAUCUUGCUUUUAAAUUUUUGUUAUUGUAAAAUGUUGUCUUUGUUAAAAUAAGUAUUUAUUUACAAAGUUGCUGUAGGGAAGUGAGAGGCUGGGAUUAAACAAAUAUUAAAAAUAUUAUUGUUGGGUUGUAAGACAAAAUUUAAAAUCGAACGAAAGAUAAUUGAAUGCACUAUAUGUUUCCAUACUUACUUCUGUAGUUAAAAUAAAAUAAACUACCACAAAUGACAUCCGAAUGGCAUUGAGUCUAAAGGAUCUGAAUAGAGGUGAUGUGUGUCCGGAGCCCUUAAGACUAAAUGCUAUUUGGAUGUCAUUUAUGGUAGUUUAUUUUAGUUAAACUGAAGAAGUAAUUUUACAAACUUAUAGUCCAUUCAAUUAUCUUUCAUUUGAUACCUAAUUUUGUCUUACAAACCCUACAGUAAUAAUUUUUAGUAAACCCAAAAUCUCACUUCUGAUACCCAGGUCCGAAUAGUCGCAGCCUUUUAUUUAUGUGCCGAAAAUGAAUUAUAUGAAUAUGUACAAUGUAUAAAAAAACAUGUCCAUUUAUUUGGAUCCUGAUCUUAGCUUAUCUUAUUUGCUUGGUAGCAUAUUUAAACUCUCCAUUUUGAGUUACUCUGUAUUCUACUUUGUGUGAUUUAGUGCAAGAAAGCGCAUAAGUUAGUUUGAAUUUUCAGUCUUAAUAAAACAAACUAUAUUUAGAAUAAUUUCUGUUGAUGCUUACAUGUUUUAUCAUUUGUUUUAACAUUGCAAAAGAUAGCUGGGCAUAAACUGUAAUGUGACUGCCUUUUUUUUUUAUUAUUAAAGACCACAUUAACUUAAUUUCUAUAUACUUUGAAUGCCAGCACAUCAACUAUUAACUAUUGUUGUACAAGUUUUCAGAUUAAAUAGAUUUAAUGGAAGAAUAUUCCAAAUGUUGUUCACUAAAUUGCGUUAUGCAAUGAAAUAUGCUGAGAAUGGGUAACUUCAUUUAAUUGCCUUAUUUAUUAUUUAGAAUUUUACAACCUACUUGAUUGGUUUUCUUGUCUUGAUAACAAUGUGUUACCAGGAGGAUCAUUUUUUUUUUUUAAACAAGGGAAUCACUUGCUACACUUAUAAAGAUAACAUAGGCUACGAUUGCCUAAUACAAAGUGUCCCAAAGGGGAUUUUAAACUGAAAUGUUAUAUUUGUUUUCAAUAGCUAAUUAUUAGUUGAACUUUUUUUGAUUAACUUUUUUUUUUGGUUUGAUUAUCUUUUAUUGUUUUAGAUAAAUGUUUUUCCCCAUCCCUUAUAUUCCUUUUUUUUUUUUUCAUUUUAAUUACGGUUUAAAACUUAAAUGAUUUUUCAGCUGCUUACAAUGGAGAAAUACCUUUCUCUGAAAAUAGUUCUCCAAUUGUUUACUCGGCCCCAACAUUUUUUACAAAAUUUUUAUAUAUUUUUUUUCAAUAGCUAAUUAUUUGUUGAACUUUUUUUGAUUAACUUUUUUUUUUGGUUUGAUUAUCUUUUAUUUUUUUAGAUAAAUUUUUUUCCCCAUCCCUUAUAUUCCUUUUUUUUUUUUUCAUUUUAAUUACGGUAUAAAACUUAAAUGAUUUAUCAGCUGCUUACAAUGGAGAAAUACCUUUAUCUGAAAAUAGUUCUCCAAUUGUUUACUCGGCCCCAACAUGUUUUACAAAAUGUUUCAAUCUGCAAACUUGUCACCAUUACUUUUGUAUAACUCAUCAGUGAGGCUGUUGUUAAUAAUAAAUGUAUGCAUUCUUG